AUGAGUGUUCCCGCGUGCACAGCAACCCCAGUCCAACUCCUUCAGCUUCCCAAACAGCCACCACUUAUUCUCCCACUUCCAAACCCAUCCCACACCACCUCACCCAAUCCAACCCAUCCCAAUAAACACUCUUUCUAUCUGGAAAAAAAGGCCCAAAAGCCUAUAGACCCCACUGUUUCAUGGACCUCCUCCAUAUCCCACCGCUGCCGAAAUGGUCAAUUGGCUGAAGCUGUUGCGCAUUUCAUCCGAAUGAGACGAGCCGGCAUCGAGCCAAACCACAUCACAUUCGUUUCGCUUUUUUCCGGCUGUGCCCAUUUUCCAUCGAAGGGUGUCUUGUUUGGGGCUUCGCUGCACGCUUAUGCCCGGAAACUCGGCUUGGAUACAAAUAAUGUGAUGGUGGGCACGGCGGUGAUUGAUAUGUACGCAAAGUGUGGUGGGGUGGAUUUUUCUAGGCUGGUUUUUGAUGGGCUGUAUGUGAAGAAUUCAAUGUCUUGGAAUACGAUGAUUGAUGGGUAUAUGAAAAAUGGGAAGGUUGACGAUGCGGUCAAGCUGUUUGAACAAAUGCCACAGAGAGAUGCGGUCUCUUGGACUGUUCUGAUUGGUGGCUUUGUCAAGAAAUGUCAGUUUGAGCAAGCAUUGGAGUGGUUUCGGGAGAUGCAGCUCUCGGGUGUGGAACCAGACUAUGUAACCUUAAUUGCUGUAAUUGCUGCUUGUGCUGAUUUGGGAACGCUUGGAUUAGGCUUGUGGAUAAAUCGGUUUAUUAUGAAGCAAGAUUUUAGAGACAAUAUUAGGAUAAGUAACUCGUUGAUUGAUAUGUAUUCUCGAUGUGGUUGUAUUGGUUUUGCUCGUCAAGUCUUCAAGAGCAUGCCCAAAAGGACAUUGGUAUCAUGGAACUCGAUGAUUGUGGGCUUUGCAGUUAAUGGGCAUGCAGAGGAAGCUCUCGAGUUCUUCAACCUCAUGCAGAAGGAAGGGUUCAAGCCAGACGGGGUCAGCUUCACUGGAGCUCUGACUGCGUGCAGCCAUGCCGGUUUAGUCAACGAGGGGCUCCAUUACUUUGAUAACAUGAAGAUAAUUCAUAGAAUAACCCCAAGAAUUGAGCAUUAUGGGUGUAUAGUUGAUCUGUAUAGCCGUGCAGGGAUGUUGGAAGAUGCCCUGAAUGUAAUCGAAAACAUGCCAAUGAAGCCAAAUGAAGUUGUGGUGGGUUCUUUGCUAGCUGCAUGUAGAACCAAUGGGAAUAUCAAUUUAGCUGAAAGAUUAAUGAAGUACCUCUAUGAGUUGGAUCCAGGUGUGGAUUCCAACUAUGUGCUUUUGGCCAAUAUAUAUGCAGCGGAUGGUAGGUGGGAUGGUGCAAGUAGAGUUAGGAAUACCAUGAAAGCCCUCGGAAUACAAAAGACGCCGGGGUUUAGUUCAGUUGAAAUCGACUGUGACAUUCAUGAAUUUGUGGCUGGUGAUAAAUCCCAUGUUGACGCGGAGCAUAUAUAUUCAACCCUUGAGCUUCUCUCUUUUGAACUCAAAUUAUGUGGGUUCUUAGAAGGAAGCAGAAAGCAGAGGGAUCAGCUAUACUUAGCCUUCAGGACAGCAAGGGCAGUAUUCCUGCAAGGCCUAAUGGAUUUGCAGAGUCCCUUACUUCUGCUGAUGGUUGAUGAGAAAAGCUAUAAUUGGAUAUCCAGCAGGUACUACCAUAUAGGAUAUGAUAUUAAGCAUUUUCCUUUCAAUCGUGCAUAUGUGCCAAUCUCGUACACACAAACGCUUCAUCAGUAUCAUCAGGAGUUGUUACUUGAGCUGGAUGUUGGAAGUGCCUUGAAAGUAAUCGAAAACAUGCCAACGAAGCCAAAUGAAGUUGAGUGUUUUUUGCUAGCUGCAUGUAGAACCAAUGGGAAUAUCGGUUUAGCUGAAAGAUUAAUGAAGUACCUCUAUGAGUUAGAUCCUGGUGUUGAUUCCAACUAUGUUCUCUUGGCCAAUAUAUAUGCAACAGAUAGUACUAAAAGACGCUGGGAUUUAGUUCAGUUGAGAUUGACUGUAACAUUCAUGAAUUCGUGGCUGGUGAUAAAUCUCAUGUCUACGCAGAGCAUAUACAUUCGACCCUAG